AUCAACCCUGUGGUGCGAGUCCAGCCAAGAGCAGCCAUGUUGCUAAAGGGACUUGGAAAUCAGGGUCCCCUCUUGCUUAUGGUCUGGACCUUUGAGUUCUUGGCUCUUGCUGUGUGUGAUAGCAGUGAUGUCUCCUGGGACUCAAAAGGACUCUGGACAGUGGGAGUUCAGGAUCCAUUCCACACUUUCACCUGCACCCAGCUGGGACUAUGGAGAAUCCCUUGCCUUCUUCCCACAGGUGUGUGAUAUCGCACAGCUGCCGGGCUCAGAGAACCAGGUCAAGGUGUUCUACUGUCUCCGCCUGCUGGGUAAGCAGAGGGGGCUCCAAGUGACAUAGGGGUUUCCUUCAAACCUCCCUGCUCUGUGCCAAACCCUGGACAGGGGAAUGAGAACGAGGAGUGCUGAGGCCACUGAGGUUUGCUCUUCUCCCCUGCAGCCUGUCUCUCCCCAGACCAAUUUAUUUCCUUUGUGGGCUCCUGCCUCAAGACCAACAAAGAGGGAAGCUGCGUGGCAUCCCUCUCCAUCUUUAGCGGCAUCAUUGCUGCUGACUGUAAGUAUGACCAGAGCAAAUGUGCUGACUGCUGUCUUGGCUGACCCUUCAGGAACUGAGUUAGGACUGUCCAGGCCGAAUGACCUGUCCUGCUCUAGCUGCGCUCAAGAGCCCUGGCUGUAGAGCUAGAGUCAGACCUCCGUCCUCUGCUGCUCGGUCCCAGAGGACCAGUAGCACCCUGCAUCCUGCUGGAUGACACAGGAAUGCUGGGGCCAAAUCCUGCUCGGACACCUCUCCUGGCAGCACUCUCAGGUCGAGAGGUUUAACGAGCCCUUUUAUGGCCCAAGAGACUUUCCCAGGUUGCAAAGUAGAGACAGGAGGUUGUGCAGGUCGCCACAAGCAGGUCUUUUGCAAGCCGGGUGCCUCUUGCUGUGGAUUGCUCCCAGAACACAGCAAUAUUGUGCCCUCCUUUUCCUUCCAGUGCCCGAGAUGAGCCAGAAAAAAUGUGCUGUAGUCAAGGCCAUGAGGUGCAUGCUUGGUGAUCAGAGCACUGAGGUGAAGAAGGCCGUCCUUCAUUUCGUCAGGACACUGCUCAGUGUGCAGGGCCUAGAUGACUGGGCCUGGGACUUAGUGGCCUAUAUUUUCAAGCCGUCCAGCUUGUCUAGGAGCCAAAUGAAGUCCAAAAACCGUUCCAGUCUGGAUGCCGAGGAGGAACAGAGCGUCCGAAUCACCUGCGUGGAGAUCCUGGAAAAUCUGGAUGUCUCAAUCAGUGGCAUGAGCCAAGUAGGUGAUCAGUUAGUUGCUGCCCUUGCAUUAUCAAGGACUUUCUCUUCAUCCCCUGUACCUCUCCACUGGGCAAUUCUCUGCAUUGGCAGGGUAAUGGAGAUAUACCAUGGCCAGUGCUGGCCAUGAGUUAUGGAGCAAGCUGCCACCAUUUAAGGAAUGACUUUAAUACAACCCCCCAGCUGGAAGGGAUCCCUGUGCUGAGCUGGCCUCCUCAUUCUCUCUCCUUGCUCUGCUCAGUCUUCUCUGAAAUUCAGACUUGUUUGGCCAGUGUUAGAACAGGGUUUCAGAGAUCAGCUAUUCCUGAGAGACAGACAUGAGGUCAGGGGUGGGGGAAGGACCCUCAAGUAGGUGGGUCAUUGGUGACGAAGAGGAGACUGUCCUUGAGCACUGGAUGAAGAGAGCUGGGUGCAGGGGUACAAGGAGCUGAGUCCAAGCUGUCUGGCUCCUCUCCAGGUCUUAUGGCCCCGGCUGCUGGAGUACAUAGUGCCAGCUGAGUACAGCUGCACUCUGACCCCCCUGUGCCGCUGCCUCGGGGACCUGGCCAAGCAACCGCAGUGGGAGGGAGAAGAAGCAGCUUGCAUGGACCCCAGCAAAGGAGGUUUGAAAUCCAGAUGCCUGUGGUUUGAACCCGCUCCACCUGCCUUGUAGAAAAUCUUCGG